AUGACUGGACGGCUUUCUGGUUUCAUUACUUGGGUCAAGGUUCUGGUUUCAUUACUUGGGUCAAGGAGGUCACUUCUGAAUCUCAUAGAUGAUGUAGCUGGGAAAUUCAGCAGAGCGGUUUAUGGUUUGCAAGCUCGUGACAAGCUGCAGCAAGCUUGCGAGGUCCUCCAGACACUGACAGCCUUUGCCCCAUGGUUUUCUAAGCGAGCUCACAACAACAGCAGUCUGGGCUUCAGAUUCCCUGUGACCGUCCAUCUCUUCCACUCCUUCAGCAGCGUCAGGGAAGCUGGUGAGGAAAGUUCGCAGAACUCCGAGCAGGAUGCUGAGCAGGUAGAAGACAUGCUAGAAAUGUCUUUGGUGGCACUUGGGAACAUCCAGGAAGCAUUUCUACAGGAGAGCCAGUUUCCUGCAUCUCCAGUGACCUUGAUCUCUUCCGUUGCCACUCUGAUGCUGAGCAGCCAAAACAUAUCAACUUUGCCUCUGAGCUCUUAUACUCUGGGUCACCCGGCACCUGUGAGGUUAUGCUUUCCAUCGGCUUCGGCUUUGGAGGAGCUCUUGAACAAACACCCAGCAGUGAAUGUCCAACUGGCAGGACUAGCUUUAAGUCCCUUCAAGGAUUUUGGUGACGAAAACAUUGUUGGAAGCAUUGGAAGUGUGAAACUAAGCUCUAAUCAUCCAUUGCUCCAAGUCCGUGAUUUAAUGGAAGACAUUGAGAUCAUUCUCUGGAGAAAUAUGAGCAUGGAAACCCAUCCCAUCAGCCUCAACAAGAGCAUGGACCAUUUUGUGAUCACAGUGAACAUCACCUCUUUGGAGAAAACUCUGAUAGUGAGAAUAGAGCCUGAAAGUCCCCUGUUAAUGACACUCUACCUGGGCUUCCAGUAUCAGCCUAACCACACUCACUUCCACCUGAACGUCACCCUUCCAAAGGAUCAGGUGUGGCAGAAAGAUGAGGAGUACAUGUGGGCGGUGACGCUGGAGAACCUGCAGUACGGGACUGGCACCUACUACAUAACAGCCGUGUGGAAUGGGAGCCAGGAGGGUGCUCAGCUGACACCCCCGCUGGUCUCUGUCGUCACUGCCGUCAGUCAGGGUUAUUUCUGGGACAGCCACAACAGGACGUGGAGGAGCAACGGAUGCCAAGUUGGGCCGCAGAGCACCAUUUGGAGGACACAGUGUCUCUGUAACCACCUGACCUUCUUCAGCAGUGACUUCUUCAUUGUUCCCAGGACGGUGCAUGUUGAAGACAUGUUCAAACUGUUCCUUCAUGUGACCAGCAAUCCCGCUGGGGUGUCCUGGCUGGCUAGCCUCUUAGGAUUCUAUAUGAUCAUAGUCGUGUGGGCUUGGAGGAAGGACCAAGCAGAUGUGCAGAAGGUGAAGGUCACCAUCCUGGCUGAUAAUGACCCCGACUCUCGAUUUCACUACCUUAUUCAGGUCUACACAGGGUAUCGAAGAAGGGUCACUACAACAGCUAAGGUUAAUGAGAUAAAUGUUAUCACCCUCUACAGAUCAGAGGGCUGGAGUGAGCCCCAUCAUCCUUGGGACCCCCAGAAGACGGUGUUUGAGCGGGGAGGCCUGGAUGUCUUCCUUCUCACCACUCGGUCCUCACUAGGGGAGCUGCACAGGCCCUGGCUCUGGCAUGACAGUUCGGGCGCCAGUCCUUCCUGGUAUGGAAGCCAGGUGAUUGCCAGUGAUGUGGCAGUUAAGAGGAAAUGGCACUUCCUGUGCAAUUGCUGGCUGGCCGUGGACCUAGGAGACCGGAAGACCUGGCAGGACCGGGUCUUCCUACCAGCCGCAAAGAGAGAGCUCUUUUCCUUUAGACACAUGUUUUCCUCCAUGGUUGUGGAGAAGUUCACCCAGGAUUACCUGUGGCUCUCAGUGGCAACUCGGCAUCCCUGGAACCAGUUCACGAGGGUCUAGCGGCUCUCGCGCUGCAGGACGCUGCUCCUCUGCAACACGGUCACCAGCGUCAUGUUCUGGAAGAGAAGCAGCACCACUGCCGAGAGAGACGAGCACACAUUGAGUCCAUUUGCUGUGACCUGGUCUGAACUGCUUAUCAGCGUCCAAACUGGUUAUCAGCACGAACUGCUUAUCAGCGUCUGAACUGGUUAUCAGCGUGAACUGCUUAUCAGCGUCUGAACUGCUGUCAUCCUUUUCCCAAUCAAUCUUGUCAUUGGGCGGCUCUUCCCAUUGAUUCAACCACAGGAAACUCUGUCUCCCUUAUCCCCUGGCCAGGCCUCCUGCCUCUCAGAUGCUUCUGUCGAGCCCCUCUCAUCUUGUUCCUACCUUCAGGAAUUACAGGAAACUGUGGGAUUCCUGCUCAGGAGAAAUCCAUAUCUGUUCUCAGAGUGUGAACAAUCUCCAUGGAGUUGUUAUGACAUUAACAAGCUGGUGACACUCUUAUCCAGCCUCAUUUAUUCUCACUUAGAGGGUCAGGGUUGUCAUCAGCAGGCAGAACCCUGCUGGGCAAAUGCUUGAAAUAUAUUUUCGGUGGUUCCUGAAAACCACCAUCACUUCUGCUGUUACCUGCUCAGAGUUUUGCAGAGGCUGAAAUCUCAUGUAGGCAGACUGGGUCUCACCCAGCUUCACCAGCCCUGUGACUUCCUAGAUGCAGCCAGCCAGCUUCAGAAACUCCAGCAACUCUUGGAACAUAUUCUUCCCAUGGAGGAAGAGCCAUCCAGGGAGGUGACCAGUUUCCCCAUCCUGAGCCCAGCAGAAGGGAAGAAUCCCAUCUCUGGCGGCCUGCCCACAUGGUUGCCUUACAUCUGCUGGCUCCUCCUAGGGGUCACUAGCCUGGCUUCUGCCUUUUUUACUCCACUUUAUAGCUUAGAAUUGAACCAAGACCAAGCCACCAGCUGGGUUGUUUCCGUUAUUUUAUCAGUGCUUGAGAACAUAUUCACCAGCCAGCCAGUAAAGGUGAUUGUCCUCACACCCUUACGCUCACUGAUGAUGAACAGGAUGCCGUGGCUUAACAAGGAGAAGGAACAACAAACGAGGAGGGUCUUAGCACUCAUGGAUAAUUCAAGUAGUUCUAACUACUAUCUCAUUUUGCAAAGAUCAAAUUAUAUCAGACUGGUAGAAUUCUAACCACUUUACUGACACAUUUAUCUGUCUGCUGACAGAUGUAUCCAUUCACAGAUCUUGUCUCUCUGUAAUCAGCUGAAAAGGAAGAAAAUAAAGCAAUUUCAGCAAACAGUAAAGGAUGGGCCCUGCUCUUACAGGAAGCCCACGUUCACCCCUCAAUGCACCAUCCCACCCAGGCACAUGGCAUGCCCUCGACACGGUCCCCCAGGGACUGAGAGGUAUUACUACGCAGCUGUUCUGAGCAGGAAGGGAAUCGAUUUUAAGUACAGACAGCUCCCUGACACUGAGCAAUGUUAAUUAGAGGGAAUGCUGCCAGGACUCCCCCCAGGCUCCUCUCCCUCAGAGAAAUGGAUGACUCUGCCUUGGAAACACCACUGCUGCGGGGUCAAUCCCAAGUCCCCUUGGCACUGUUUGUCCUCCGUCAAAGCAGAAGCACAGAGUAAUGUUCCCCGCUUUCAGAGUGUACCCCUCGAAGGCUUUCUGAAUGAGCAAUAGAUGAAUAGCAUCC